CGUCGGCAGCGCUUCCGCCCGGCUCGCGCCCUCGCAGCUUCUCUUCCUGCCGCCGGAGCCCGCGCCGCGCCCAGACAGCCGAGGGAGCCGCUGCCGCCGCACCGCGCUCCGCCGCCCGCCCGCCGCGCCCUGCCGACGCCAUGGCCUCCGGAGUACAAGUGGCCGAUGAGGUGUGCCGCAUCUUCUACGACAUGAAAGUGCGGAAGUGCUCCACGCCGGAGGAAAUCAAGAAGAGGAAGAAGGCUGUCAUCUUCUGCCUCAGUCCAGACAAAAAGUGCAUUAUUGUGGAGGAAGGCAAAGAGAUUCUGGUGGGAGAUGUCGGAGUGACAGUCACCGACCCUUUCAAGCACUUUGUGCAGAUGCUUCCCGAGAAGGAUUGCCGCUAUGCCUUGUAUGAUGCAAGCUUUGAGACCAAGGAAUCCAAAAAAGAAGAGCUGAUGUUUUUCUUGUGGGCACCAGAACAAGCACCUCUCAAAAGUAAGAUGAUCUACGCAAGCUCCAAGGAUGCAAUCAAAAAGAAGUUUCAAGGCAUAAAGCAUGAAUGCCAAGCAAAUGGGCCAGAGGACCUGAACCGAGCUUGCAUUGCUGAGAAGCUAGGAGGCUCCCUAGUCGUAGCUUUUGAAGGAAGUCCCGUGUAGAUGUCAUACAGUGCCACAACUCUACAAGCAUUCCAUGUUUUAAUAGAUCAGUUAUAUAAAGCAAACAUUCUAGGCAAGGGUUUCACUAACAGUAGGGAAGCUGUCUUGUAGAAUAAAGUAGAUUUUGGAGAUGUAGCUCGUAUGUACAAAUGACCCUAAAUAAAUCAAAUUAAGGAUUUA